CGAAAUAAACAAGUUGGGGUCCUUUCUCGAUGAAGGCUAGCUGCUAAAACGGGUUUUAGCGCUACAUUGUUUUAAUUACGCUUAAAAGUAUCCCAUCGUUUCAUCACUGGUUGUCACCUUAGCCAGUCGAGCGUUGGUAAUAAAAGAUAAGUUUUAUUCGGCUCGGUUUUCUGCGCUCCAGCUGGCGCAGUAGAUGUGUUUUUGAAGGUUGUGUUGUUUAUCUUUCGGCUCCUGACACCGCGGAGCUAACGUUAGCAUCGUCCCAGCAAACACACCGUCCCCACCGCCAGCCCAACAAUCUACUGGGAUACUUUGUCAUAGACAGUAAGACGUGGCGUUGAUGAGCAACCAUGUCUGGAAUUGCUCUCAGCAGACUGUCCCAGGAGCGCAAAGCCUGGAGGAAAGAUCACCCAUUUGGUUUUGUUGCCGUGCCCACUAAGAAUCCAGACGGAACCAUGAAUCUAAUGAACUGGGAGUGUGCCAUCCCUGGGAAGAAAGGGACUUUGUGGGAGGGAGGACUGUACAAGCUCCGAAUGCUGUUCAAAGACGACUACCCGUCCUCUCCACCCAAAUGCAAGUUCGAGCCUCCCAUAUUCCACCCAAACGUCUACCCGUCAGGCACCGUGUGUCUGUCCAUCCUGGAGGAGGACAAAGACUGGCGACCGGCCAUCACCAUCAAACAGAUCCUGCUGGGCAUCCAGGAGCUGCUGAAUGAGCCCAACAUUCAGGACCCAGCACAAGCAGAGGCUUACACGAUCUACUGUCAGAACAGGAUGGACUAUGAGAAGCGGGUCAGGGCACAAGCCAAGAAGUUUGCCCCCACAUAGAGAGUGGAGCAGCCUGAAGUGAUAGGAGGCAGGCAGCGCCUGAAGGACCACUCCAAUAAGAAUCUGUUUAAAGUAUUAUUACACUGUUCCACAGGUGAAAUCAAACCAUUUUUUCAUUGUCCCUUUUCAGACUCCAAAAACCUAAAAGGAUUGUGAUUGUACUUUUUUUUUUUUUUUUUUUUUAGAUAAAUAUACAUGCAUAGUAAAUGCGUUAGUAUUGGCGUGAGUGCUAAACUUACUCAUUCCUUCACUGAUACCAGAACAAGUGUGUUGGCAAGCUGUACAGAUCAGAAUCCACGUCUGAGCCCUCUGUCAAAUCCUCAGGUGUUUGCAGCAAAGGAGGACAUUUCACACAGUUUGCUUUCACAGCUCACAAUCUGUGCGCUUUUCUGUUCCUUAGUGUGCCUAGAGCUGGAGAUUAGGCAGUCUGCUGCGCAGUUGGAGCUGAUUCUGUCAUUGCGUAAACGCCCAUCAGGUCGGAGUCAGAAGAAAGUGUAUAACUAAAGUAAGAGACAAUCCUGAUAUUUUUUACGAGUUUGGUUGUGAAGAAAGUUGCCAUGAUGAAGCUCAGUAUACCUCGGUUCAGAAAGAACGUAAAGCAUCAGUUCUUAGCUCCACACACUUUUUAGUUAUUCCACUUUAAGAUACUUUGUGUAUAGAUUGUCGUCGUGAAUCCAGCUGAAAGUGCAACUGUCAGUAACGGUGAUGAAGUUCACGCACACGAGUUAUCCAUGGGUUGUCCUCCUCCAGAGAUGCUGUAGCUUCACGUAGAUGAGCUCCAUUGUGAAAAAAACAAAACAAAAACAAACCAGCGACUUUCUUUUGUUGGCCCCUUUUUUUUAUUCGGUCAUUUUAAACCAACAAAGCUUCCGUGUCUCCAAAUCCAAGAACAAGUCCGUCAGGCUCUCAGGAGCUGAAGGAUCCUCGAUGGUCUGGCCUCUCUGCAACAAAGUGGGACUGAAGAAAGUGCACUUGUGAAGAAAAAAAAAAAAAAAACAAGGCCUGAGUUUCUUUUUAUUUUUUUGGCCUCUAAAUAUAUGAGUGCAUGUACAUAAUAUAAAUAACAAACUGUGGAAGUAAUGUUUGUUUUUUAUUUUAGCCAAUUGAUAAACAUUGUAUGUGGUAUUGUACGACGAGGAAAUAAAAGAUCAAAAGUUGUCAAAUAAAGUAAAAUGACAGAA